UAGAUUUUUAGACGAAUAAUUUCUAAGGGCUUCUUAGCACACAUUUGCAAUUAAUUAUUGUUUAUAAUAAAACUAUUUCUAUUAUAAUAAUAUUGUUCGUUCGUCUGUCUGUUUGCGCUUGUUCGUUCGUUCGUUUGUUUGCUCAUCAAUAUCCGUUGAAAAAGAUGUCCGCUUACUCAACAACUCACUCUCUCUCUUUCCUCGCCAUCCUCUUUUUCAUCCUCACCAUCUCCCAUGCCGAAGAGGACAAAAUAGUAGAGCAAUCCAAAAAGCCGAAAGAAGAUAUUCAGCCCCCUUCGUAUACUGUGACCGACGAGGCCUGGUUCGAGGUUGAGAUCAAAGACUACGAUGGUCCAGUUCGAGAUUGCCCUCUUUGGCGACGACGCCCCAAUGACCGUCAUGAAUUUCGUCAAUAUUGUCAGGGGGUACAAACGCGGCAAGUCCCUGCUACACUACAAGAAAACUCCGAUCCACAGAGUCGUGAAGGAUUUCGUCAUCCAAAUGGGUGACGUCACUACCGGGGACGGAACCGGAGGGGCAAGCAUAUACGGCGAGAAAUUUAAUGACGAAAACUUUGUGGUGAGCCACAGGGCUCCUGGCAUGGUAUCGAUGGCCAAUAAGGGCAAGGACACAAAUGGGUCGCAGUUUUUCAUCACCAUGGUCAAGGCCAGAUGGAUGGACGGCAAGCAUGUUGUCUUUGGAAAAGUUAUCAAGGGAUUCGACACCGUUAGGAAAAUAAACGAAGUUGAGACCCUAGAAGACAGCAGCUGGCCACUGAAAAAAAUAAAAAUCGUCGAUUGUGGCCUGAAUCCUAUCAAAUCCAAGUACAUAAUGACGGAAGAGCAAGUUGACUCGACGGAAGACCUGGACGUCUAGAUGCGAAAUUCAUGAAUAUUUCUAAUUAUAAAAUUGACUCUAAUUUAUGAUUAACUAAUGAAUAUUAAAGUUACUAUGAUUUAUAAUGUGUGUGUAUGUGUGUGUGUGUGUCUGUAUGUGUGUGUCUGUGUGUUAAGUGUGUGUUUGUGUGUCUGUGUGUGUCUGUGUGUUAAGUGUGUGUUAAUAGGCUUUUAAAUUUAGGCUCAGCGCACGUGAGUGUGAAUUAAUACCAGUUAUCAUUGUUCAUCCGUUAUAAUUAUUAUUAAUUAUUAUUAAUUAUUAUUAAUUGUUAUUAUAAUUAUAUUUAUUUAUUAUCGUUGUUUUGGUUAAAUAAAAUGAUAAACCUA